AGCUGACUUCUAGGAAACAAACUUUUCAGCUGUUGCUUCACUUCGAGUUUCCCAAAAAUACUCCAGCGAGCAGCGCGUGCACAAGCUGUAGCACGGGAAGCAGAUGGAUACACGUUAACUCUGACGUUAGUACACGAUUAGUACUGCUGCUUUAGGAGUGUAACGGGAACAUCUGUUGAUCAGCUGAACCGGAAUGGCCGCCUUAAGCAGUGUUAACCUGAAGACUUUGGAGGAUUUGACGUUGGAUUCGGGAUACGGCGCGGGAGACUCGUACCACUCCCUCAGCCUCUCAUCCUCCAAGUCCAACUCCCAGCUCACCUCAGCUGCUUACCGGGCAAACCGGUGCCGCCGCUCCGCCUCCACUAACAGCCGCAACGACAGCUGGGACUCCGUGAACACAGCACCGGAAGACCCGGAGGACAUCUUCUCCAGAUGCCCGCGAUUGCCGGACCUGGAAGAAUUCCCCUGGACGGACGACGAGGUGGACUGUGUGCUGCGUAAAGUCUCCGGAGAGCGCGAGCCCUCGCCCUCGCCUUUUACGCGCGACAUUGUGCGCGCAGUGUCCAAGCUGCUGCGCCGGCCGCUGUUGCGCGUGGCGCGCGAGGCGCAGAGACUGAGCGUGCUGCGCUGCAGGUGCACGCGCUACGAGGUGCAGAGCGCCGCGCGGCUCGUGCUCAGCUGGCCGCUCGCCGACGCGUGCGUCUCGGCCGCUGCGCGCGCCAUGUCCCUGUACAGCAUGAGUGCAGGAGAACUGCUGCGCAGGAGCAAGUCAUCGCGCUGCGGCCUCAUCCUGUCCGUGGGUCGCUUCUUCCGCUGGAUGGUGGACACUCGGGUGUCGGUGCGCGUCCAUGAGCACGCGGCCAUCUGCCUGGCCUCGUGCAUGGAGACUCUCAUGGAGGAGGUCGGUGCCAGGGUGCUGACAGCGUGUGAAGCGGGUCAUUUCGGGGGUCCAGUGCCCACAGACGCCCUGGAAGCAGCAGUGAACGGCGACCCCGAGCUCUACGGGCUCCUGCAGAGCUAUGAGCAUCUGAUCUGCGGGAAAAACGCCAAUGGUGAGCUCUCACUGCCAGCCCACUUCAGCCCGUAUGCUGAGGGUCAUGGUCCAGGCUCAGAGGGCAGACAGGACACGUGUGUUCAGAUGGAGGUGCGGACGCUGGAACAGGCUUUGCUGGCCACUUGUGUGGGAAGCAUCUCAGAGCUCAGUGACCUGGUAUCCCGUGCCAUGCGCCACAUGCAGCGUCUGCUCUCAGGGGGAUGCGUCCUCAGUCCUGGCCGUCCCAGCCAUAAGCAGCAGCUCUCCUGGUCUCCCGAUGCCUUGCACACUCUCUACUAUUUCCUGCGCAGUCCGCAGAUGGAGUCUAUGGAGAAUCCGAACUUAGAGCCACCCAGGAUGGCACUGAGCAAAGAGAGGCCGUUCCCUUUACUCCCCCCUCUGAUGGAGUGGAUGCGUGUUGCGAUGGUUCACUCUGAGCAUCGGCGGAGUCUCUUAGUGGACAGUGAUGACGUGAGACAGACAGCCAGGCUGCUCCUGCCCGGACUGGACUGUGAACCCAGACAGCUUAAGCCAGAGUGCUGUUUCAGCUCCUUUAAGCGUUUGGACUCGAAGUCUGCAUUAGACAAGUUCAACCUGGACCUGGGUUUCCGCAUGCUCAACUGCGGACGCACAGAUCUGAUUGGUCAGGCCAUCCAGCUGCUAGGUCCUGAUGGAGUAGAUACUAUGGAUGAUCAGGGCAUGACUCCUCUGAUGUAUGCCUGCUCAGCAGGAGAUGAAGCUCUGGUCCACAUGCUCAUUCAUGCAGGCGCUAAUCUGGAUAUAGGGGUUCCUAGCUGCUCGCCUAAACACCCAUCUGUUCACCCAGACAGCCGCCACUGGGUGGCACUAACCUUCGCUGUGCUGUACGGACAUUUAUCAGUGGUACAGCUGCUGUUGGAUAUGGGGGCUGAUGUGGAGGGCCGUGCUCAUAAGAGCGGCCACCAGGGCUCAGCAGAGACACCGCUCCAGCUGGCAUCUGCUGCAGGGAACUAUGAGAUGGUCAGCCUGCUCUUGUCCCGUGGUGCUGACCCCAUGUUUCGAGUGCACGGCGGGAGUUCUCUCACAUCACUGUAUGAGGAUAUGAACUGCUUCAGUCAAGCUGCAGCACAUGGACACAGGAAUGUGCUGAGGAAGUUACUGAGCCAGCCCCAGCGGCUGCAGGAGGAUGUGCUUUCUCUGGAGGAGAUUCUGGCUGAAGGUGUGGAAGAGGUACAGAGACCAGAGCAUCAUUCUAUAUCCACGCACAGUGCAGGGGUAGUCCCACCGCUGACCAAGGCCCGAAUCCGAGCCCUGCAGGAGGCCAGCCUACACAGCGCAGAGCACGGCUACCUGGAUGUCACCAUGGAGCUCAGAGCGCUUGGUGUACCAUGGAGGCUACAUGUGUGGCUGGAGUCUCUGCACACAGCACAGCUUCAGUCCAGAACUGAGUUAACUCUCUCCCUCCUAAACGACUUCAGCUCUCUGUGGGAGGAGAAACACUGUGACGAGCUGAUCUCUGAUGGCCUUCCACUGCUCUUCUCCAUCAUCACAACCACCAAGAAUAAAGAGAUCCGUGAGAAGCUGGGAUCUGUGUUUAGCCACUGCUUCGGCUCUGCUCCUCUGCCUCCUAUUCCAGAACUGAGGAACACAUCAGCAGCUCAGCUAGACAUCCAUUUCCUGAAUAACUCUGAGAUGUCAGAUGUGACGUUCCUGGUGGAAGGCAGGCCAUUCUACGCACACCGCGUGCUCCUCAUGUCUGCAUCACAGAGGUUCAAAGAUUUGCUCAGCAUUAAUGAAUCAAAUGGCACAGAUCAUAUCAUCGAGAUCACGGACAUCAAGCACAGCACUUUUCAGAUGCUGAUGUCUCACCUGUAUGGUGGAGGAGCAGAGAACUCCGAUGCAACCAUCUCUGAUAUGUUAGAGCUCCUGCCAGUGGCCGACUCCUUCCAGCUCAGUGCUCUGAAGAGGGUGUGUGAGAGACACUGCGCUGAGCGGAUGACCGUCCAAAACGCCGUGUCCAUCUACCGUGCAGCCGUGGCGUGUGAUGCAGUCGAGCUGGCUGCCUCCUGCCAAAACUUCUUCCUGCAGAAUAUGCCCGUCAUGCUGCAGAGACGAGACUUUGAAGAGCUGCUGCUGGGACCCGAGUGCAGUGAAGCUCUGGAGGACCUGCAGGAAGCGCUUAUCUCUAGGCUUCGCUCACUCUGCAGCUCAAGAACAGGGUGAAGGGAAUGGGAUAAUCUGAUAGUAAGGUCUGGAACAUGGACAGUCAGGCUUUCAGCUCGCUCUCAUUGCCUGUUGGAGCUGAAUCUAUCAACUGGCUAGAGGUGCAUUUUGGACGUUAAACUCAUAUAUACAAUAGAUUUUGGAAAAUGGAUGUUCAAGCACUGCAGGACAGAGUAUUAAGAGUGUUAAUUUAUGCAAUUAAAAACCUUUCUACAAAAUGGCACACAUACAGUAUCCAUACAGCAAGAAAGCAGAUGCCAUACAAUAGUGCCCUCUAGUGGACAAAAUGUGAAUCAAAUACUUGUGUUUAAAAUACAGGGUGUCCGAAAAGUCAGAAACCAAGGAGCAUAAAACUACAUAUACUUAAAUUUGUAUUUAUUAUUAACAGUAUAUACUCUACAUGUUCACCUUUACACUCUAUGCAUUUUCUCAACAUAUUCUCAUUGGUUCCUGACUUUUCAGACACCCUGUAGUGUAACCUGUACAUAGCUUUGUAUACAUAACAUUUUAUACUGUAAAUAUAUGUAUUACGCAAGUGCUACGCUGGUACUUUUGGACCAUUUGUAAAGACUAAUUUAUUGUAUGUAUUAUUUUUUCUACUUCUAUGCUUUGUUUUUUUUUUUAAUUAUUAUUAUUAUUAACAUGUUAUUACAAAUACAUUGGCAGGGGUACAGUCUUAGAAAAAAAGUUCUAGCACCUUCUUUGGUUUGUCCCUAUGGGAGUUUUAUGUAGAGCGUGAAGUCUAGAGGCAUUCUCUUUCAGAAAAGGUUCCAAAGCGGGGUCCCUUUUGAAAGCUAGAACCAGUCAGCAUCCGAAGAACUCUUGAGGAACCUUUUUUUUUUUUUUUUUUUUUUUUUUAAGAGUGUAGUCCAGCAUUUAACCCCUUCAUAUGUCAUUUUGUUAUUCAUGUAUUCUUCUUAUUAUGUCUUAUUAUACUGUAACUACAGUGAUGCUAUUAGGAAAUAUUUGCCAUUACAGCAGUAGGGAAUGUAAAUCUGGACUGACAAGCAAGUUAUAGGUGUUUAAAGGGUUACAUUUCUGAGCUAUGACUGGAAGGGUGUUGGUUUCAGUCCCAGGACUGCCACCGUUAGGCUUAGCUUCAGGCUUGGAAAGUAUCCUGCCUCACAUUAAUCUCAUUGAAUAAAAGCAUCUGCCAAAUGUAAUUCAAAAGCAUUUCAAUAAACAAAUUUUCACAUCCCAGCUCAU